AUGAGCUAUGCUGAGGCGUUGAAGUGGUUGAGGCAUUUUCUCCUUAUGCCUUGGGCGUCCUCACCACCGGAGGUGCCACCCCUCAACUUCACGGUGCACAGCCUCAAAGCCACCAUGCUUUCCAUGUCCCUUCAAGUGAAUGUUGAUGAGGUUGAUAGGAAGCGUCAAGGACACCACCGCAUAAGCAGCUCCGCUCUUUAUUCCCGUGACGAUGUUCACGGCAUGCUUCGGUGCCAAUCCUGCAUUCGUGACAGCAUUCGAUCAGGCUUCAGGUUUUUGGUCCCCCAGCACAGAGGGGGGCAGCAGCCCUUGACGCCGGCGUAUGUUCCACCGGAAGCUUUCUCUAAGGACUACGAGUUUGAGCCCUUCCAAUGGUUCUCGUUUCAACUUGAUGGCAGUGAGGAUCUACUUCAGAGCAGUAAUGGGAGUUGGGAGGUCGCAGAAAAUCAAUCGGGCACCCCUGAUCCGGAACCGGAGGCGCUGGACAAAGAUCUUGUGUAUCAAUCCGACCCAGGAUCUUCUGAUGAGAGCGAGGACGAACCCUUGGCACCGCCAGCUGAGGAUCAUGACUUAGGUGAGCCUGAUGAAUUCUUGCUGGGCUCCUGCACAGCUGUGUUGCACGUUCUUUGUCCUGGCGAUGCCUCAUCAGGUACACUUGUCAAUGGCACAUAUUUGCGUGCAAAGUGUGGUGCCACUUUGCCGGCCGAUCGGCUCAUGAUCCAUACAUCAGCAGAGGUUGAGGGAGCCAUCCCUGAGAUCUUCCCAGGUCACGUCUUGUCCCGUUUGCAGAUUGCCCAAAUCAAAGCAGCGUGGGCGGGCAUGCAAGCAUCCAGCUCCUCUAGUGUUUCGCCGGCCCCAGUUCAUGCAGAUCCUACUUUGGAGACAUGGGUAGAGAGUUUUGCUCCCAAACUUGCAUCCACGAAGCUGUCCGACAUGAAGCGCCAAUUCCUUGCAAAUUACCCAAGUGAGGUCUUGAAUCCCUCUAUUCUACCUUCUUUGAGGCUGAUUUCCCUCGCAGCCCAUCAAGAGAUCCUAGAUGAUCCGCCUACAAUCGAAGUGACCGAUGCCAAUAUGGGGAUCAGUGGUAUCCAGCGGAUCUUGGCAGUGCAUGACGUGGCAUUAGCCAUGGUUGGCUCAGCUCACCUUGCCCGCCUCAACGCCUAUAGCUGCAAGUUUGUCCAACUCGUGUCCCAGCGUUUCGACCCAGCAUCAGGACUGCGUGCACCGACAAUUCUAGAAGCGCAGCAGGCAGAUUGUCGGAUUUGGCAGAGCAUCCACUCUUUGGUCAGUGAGAAAGCCUGGAGCUUGAAUGACGCGUUGCAUGAGUUCACAGAAGUUAGAGGUGAGCUCAGCACCUUGUUGCAGGCUCGUCCGAAAGCCUUGUUCAUCCCCCGCGGCCCUGCCCUGCAAGGCAAGGGCAAGCAGGUUGGCCAGUGGAAAGGCCUGGGCAAGGGCCGUGGCAAGGAUAAGGGCGGUAAGCCCAAGGGCGCUUCAGGGAGGCACAUCACCUUCGUGAAAGAAAUCCAGGUAGGAUCCGAGAAGAAAGGGUUGUGUGUCCAGUGGCAGAUUGGCCGUUGCACAAGGGGGGGCUCCUGCCCCUUUGUUCAUGCAUGUGCAUACCCCAAGCAGGAUGGAUCAGCGUGCGGGAGCAAGUCGCACACAGCCUCGCAGCAUGAGCAGACGCCUCACUGA